AUGUGUGUGACUCGCGAGUCGCAGUAUUUGCUCACGGGAUCCGAAGACACAAGUGUCAUUGUUUGGGAUCUGCACACACUCGCUGUUAAGACCAAAAUACUGGAGCACAUAGCGCCAGUGUUGUGUGUAGCUGCCAUUGUCAAUCGUUCACUGGUUAUCAGUGGGGGUGAAGACUCUGCUGUAAUUGUAACAUCAAUAGUUGAUGGUGCUUUGGUGACAAAACUGGAUCACCACCGUGGACCUGUGACGUCUGUGAAGGUGAUUCAAGAUGGCGAUAUCCUAGUCACGGGGUCCCAGGAUGGGACAGUGUGCACCUGGAGUGUGGACAACUUUGUCCUCCUCAGCACCAUAUCUGCUGGUGUACCAAUUCAUAUCAUGGCCGUGACAGAAGAUAACGUGUUCCUGAUCACGUUGCAGGGGGAAAACGAAUUACACUUACGGACCUUUAUCACUGGAACAUACUUGCAUCCCUUGAAACGGCAUAAGGCAAAGGUAAAAUGCUUCUGCGUUGCCCACGAUUCUUCACGUGCCGCCGUUGCUUGCACUGAUCAGCGAAUCUACAUAUACAGCCUGCACAGCGGGCAGCUGCUGCGCACUCUAUCUGCAGCGCAUGAUAUUGCCGCACUUGCUGUUGCUGAUCAGGAUCAUUUUCUACUUGCUGCCGGCGGCAAUAGGGUGACCAUAUAUUCAUUCGACACAGAGGACCAUCUGACAAACUUCAGGCCUACAAAACAGCUGAAGAGACGACAAACAAAAUCAACUACCAAUAUUUCCAUGUUACAGCAUAUUCAGUUAAGGUAUCUGAUUCAGGCGGAACAGAGUGAGCUGAUACCGAUUAGCUGCCUCGAAGUAUCAAGAGAUGGCCAGCUCGCUGCCAGUGGCUGCGCGCGCGGUUUGGUCCGCGUAUGGCAGUUGUCCACGCAUCGUCUACAAGCCACACUAAAUGGGCAUAUUGGGCACAUAACAUGUGUCACGUUCUCCCCCAACAAUCUUUUGGUCCUCAGCGGGUCUGAGGACAGGACGGUGGUCGUAUGGCAACUGGCUGAUAAUUCUUCGUCUUUGACUUAUAAGGGACACACAGCGGCUCUACAAACCCUAUUGAUGAUGUCCGACGGUCGUCGGGCCAUGUCCGGGGACCGGUCUCGUAACGUCCACGUCUGGUUGGUGGAUUCUGGCAUCGUUCUACACUCCGCAAGCUGUCCCAGCUCAAGUAUUGACGUCACUCUUAACAUGAAGUAUGCGGUUCUUUCCGAGGGCGACAACUCGGUUCGUAUCUGGGCACUGACAGAAGGAGACAGCGGCGACGAGAAAAGAUCAGUGUCGCACGCUGAACGAAUCACUUGCUUCGCGCUGACUGCUGAUUCUCAGCACGUUGUCACUGGAUCCAUGGAUAUGUCGCUGAAGGUCUGGAAACUGGAUGGCGGGAAGUUAUCGCAAGUGCUAGUAGGACAUUCCGAUAUAGUGACUUGUGUAGCGGUAUCAAUCACGAACAAGACCCAAGUUGUAUCUGGAUCUUGGGACUGUAACCUUAUAGUGUGGGACAUAAAUACUGGGACCGAUUUGCAUCUACUGUCGGGUCAUUUGGGUAAAGUCACGUGCGUGAAGGUCACAGGAGACGGGUCUAUUGCUGUGUCGGGUGCUGAGGACAAAACCCUAAUAAUAUGGGAGACGAAGCGAGGCCUGGCUUUGACGUCUCUUGCUCUGCACGUGCCGCUACUUGGCUUUCGAAUCACGAGUGACUGCGCCCGGAUUGUAGUGCAUCUGCUAGAUAGAGGUUGCUUGCCAAUUAUAUGUUUGCACAACACGCCGGCUACCUACGUCAAGAUUCCAACAUACGCCGCGCCCACUAAAGACGUAGACGAGUUGAGACCACUCGCGCCAAAACGACCAAUGAGAAGACUUCUCAAGAAAGAAGUCUCUCUGGACACAUACACUUGGCAGAAGAAGUAUGCUCAUCUAACAUCAGCAGCUAUGAUGGCACAAGUGGAUGAAAGAUUAAAAAGAAGGUUCUCCGUAUCAGCAUCAAUGGAGGAGAUAUCCAAGAUUCAAGAAGCAAAGAAUAAAGACUUAGGAUCCCAGGUAAGCUUGGGCCCAGAGCAAGCGGCACUCGCGCAGUCACAACACUUCGAUCAACUGGAAGCGCUCUGGAACAAGAUAUCUCCUCCAAGACGACGAUCGAAUAAGUCUCUUUCAAAGCAGAGCUCGUUAAUCGAGCGUGUAGAUUCAUCCGACGAAGAUCACACACCAGUCGAAGAGCAGGAACAUAUGGUGGAGUAA